GUGGCUGCUCGGGCAGGAUCCUCCUCUCGGGGCAACCCAGGGCUGCUGCCAGGCUGUGUCUGCCCCGUCUCGUGUCCCGCUUUAGCUUCCCGGUCCGGGUGCGCUCUCCGGGAGCUGGCCCACGCUUGCAAGGAGGGCCCUGCCCCGGGAAAUCCUCUCUGGGGCUGCGCUCACUCGCUUGACCGGCCCGGCCGUCACGGCUCGGGGUGGAGCAGCGGGCGCCAAUCGGGCAGUGCUGGGGGAGGAGACCUCCCCCUGGGGAGACAGAAAAAGAAAGUGGGGGGGAAAGUAAGUGGAAGCUCGGAGGACUGGCCUCAGCCCGGCCCCGGCGCAGGACAGCGCAGAGGGCAGAGCCGCGCAGAAGGAAGCGCAGGGCAGCGCCACCCGCAGCCCUCUCCCAGCCCGGCUCCGCCUUCCCCGGCUUAAAGGAUGGACCUGCUCUGGCUCCCUAUGUUGGUCAUGUUUGCUGGGAUCCCCAAAAGCAGUGCCUCAGAGCGUUGUGACGACUGGGGGCUGGACACCACAAAGCAGACCCAAGUUUAUGACGGGGAGCCAGCCUAUAUCCAGUGCCCACUCUUUGAACACUACUUAAAGUUUAACUAUAGCACUGCCCACUCAGCAGGCCUAACCCUCAUCUGGUAUUGGAUUGGACAAGACCAGGACCUGGAGGAGCCUAUCAACUUCCGUCUCCCUGACAACCGGAUCAGCAAGGAGAAGGACCUCAUUUGGUUCCGGCCCACCUUGCUCAAUGACACGGGCAACUACACCUGUAUGCUAAGAAACACCACGUACUGCAGCAAAGUAGCCUUUCCAUUGGAAGUCAUUCAGAAAAACAACUGUUUCAAAUCAGCGAUGAAGGUGCCCACGGAAUACAUCUAUCUGGAACACACCCUGCAGGUUUUAAAGUGUCCAAACAUAGAGGGAUUUUUCCCUUCGAGUGUUAAGCCAGAGGUCACCUGGUACAUGAAUUGUGACAAAGUGGACAACUUUAACAAAGUCGAAUUGAACGGCACCGAGCUCAUCUUCGCCUAUGCCCUCACCUCCAAUGCAGCAUUCUACACAUGCGUCGUGACUUAUCCAGAGAAUGGACGCAUGUUUAACCUCACCCGGACUGUGGAGGUAAAGGUGGUAGCCUCUCCACAUUAUGCAACACCGCCUCAAAUUGUUUAUCCCAAUGAUGAAAUAGUUUAUGACAAGGAACCAGGUGAGGAGCUUGAGCUUCCUUGUAAAGUUCGUUUUCCCUACUUGAAAGACUCAAAGACUGAGAUUUGGUGGACCAUUGAUGGAAGAAAGCCUGAUGACACUAUGAAUGUAACAAUAAACCAAAGUGAGAAAGUCUCAAAUAUCGGAGAUAAAACAAUUACCAGGAUACUGAGCAUCAAAAAAGUGACCUCUGAUGACCUGAAGCGCAACUACACUUGUCAUGCAAGAAAUGCCAAAGGAGAAUCUGUAAAGCAAGCCAUCGUCAAACAGCUAGUUGUACCUCCACGAUAUACUCUGGAACUGGCCUGUGGAUUUGCAGUGACAAUUGUGCUCAUUAUCAUUCUUAUUGUGGUCUACCAUGUCUACUGGCUUGAGAUGGUCCUGUUCUACCGGGCUCAUUUUGGGACAGACGAAGCCAUUUUGGAUGGGAAAGAGUACGAUAUUUACGUUUCAUAUGCACGGAAUGCUGAAGAAGAGGAAUUUGUCCUUCUGACUCUCCGUGGAGUCUUGGAGAAUGAAUUUGGAUACAAGCUAUGCAUCUUUGACAGAGAUAGCCUGCCUGGGGGAAUUGUCACAGAUGAGACUCUGAGCUUCAUUCAGAAAAGCAGACGCCUGCUGGUUGUCCUGAGUCCAAACUACAUCCUCCAGGGGACGCAGAGCCUCCUGGAGCUCAAAGCUGGCCUAGAAAGCAUGGCCUCUAGGGGCAGCAUCCACGUCAUUUUAGUGCAGUACAAAGCGGUCAAGGAGACCAAGGUGAAGGAGCUGAAGCGGGCCCAGACGGCACUCACCGUCAUUAAGUGGAAAGGGGAGAAGUCCAAGUACCCCCAAGGCAGGUUCUGGAAGCAGCUGCAGGUGGCUAUGCCUGUGAAGAAGAGGCCUAGUCGGUCCAGCAGCGAGGAGCAAGGCCUCUCCUAUUCUUCCUUAAAAAAUGUCUGAGGGCAAAAGGGUUGGGAUAAAUCUGGCAAGAGAUUUAGCCCCAGUCUUGUUGCUUUUUUGGAUUGAUCAAAGGCACGCUUUCGUGCUAGAGAACUUCUGGGAGUAUUGUCCCCCACCUACCUCCCCUGUUCCCCUCCCACACACACACAAAUGGAAGAGAUAGGAUAUGUUUGAUUUAGGAGGAGUCGAUUUGAGCAGAUGCUUUGUCCUCUGGAGAUAGUGCCAUGGUUUAGGAUGACUGUACUCAAAUGGCACAUGUGUAAUCACCAGUGUUGGUGGCACUUUCCAGGAAAGGUCUUGGCUAGGGGGAGACCUGCAUCUGGGCUUGCCAGUCCAAUUUACAAAAGCCCCUUCUUUGUGUUCCAUUUCUGCCACCCUCUCUCCAAAGCAAGCUCUGCCCAGCCCUCAAAGGACCCCUUUUUGAAACAGACAGUGGGGGAAUGACUGUCUGGCUUGCUUCUUUCCUAAUCUUUCUCUACUCAUCCUUUAAGAGGAGGCCAGGACAUGGGCUCUGGAAGAACAUUCAGAAGCCUGGCUGUUAGCUUCUGCCUUGUGAUACAUCAGUCACCACAAACAUCACUAACGUAGUGCCUUUAAAGAAUCUGACCUGGGAAACCAGUGUGGUGGGGGUGCUAUUCUCCCUGGGCCGGCACAUGUGGCUCUGACUCCCCACUACCAACAGGCUAGGACACAUGUCUAAUGGUGCUUUCUGGUUUACAAAAAGCUUUCUCCUUGGGCCCUCAUAGCAACUGUUAGUUGGCAUUGCAGACAUUAUCAUGCCCACAUUACUGAUGGGGGAGACAGAGGUAAAAUCGGGACUAGAACUCAAGACUCCAAUUCUGCAUCUGGUGCUUUCCCCCUUACACUUACUGACUUUCUUGGGAUGCAUUAGUAAUUUCAUUGUUAUUGUUUGCAUUUUCAUUUUAUUAAAUUUAAGGCCAGUGAGUUCUGGGCACAUACUACUGAUCCCAUCUGUAGGAUCCUCUAGAUCCUACUAGAAAUCUACUAUGGAUUCUGGGAAUCCAGGAUAAGAGGAUUCUAGACAGAGUUACUUCUGUCUAGGAAGAAAUGAAAAUAAAACAGCCCUUCCCAUGGUCUUAGGUAUGGGAAACAAACCAAAAAGCCAUCGUUUCAAGGGGCUAACUCUUCAGAUACACCCCUCUCAUCAUGUACUUUUUGUCCACUUAAAGGGAGGAGUCUUAUGUUUCUUCAGCCAGUGCCUUCUAGCUCAAGUGGCCUUUGGGAAGCCACUGGUGAGGAAAGAGGUAUUUCAUGGAAAAUAUGAUGUCUAAAAAUCAGCAUCAAAUCCAAAAUAAUGUCCUCAUUAUGUGUGUGUCUGUGUGUAUGUUUGUGUGUGCGCACAUGCCUACACACAAACACACACACACAACUCUACAUGUGCCCAGAGAAUGCUCACCAGAACAUGGGAAUGAUAGCUUUAAAUAUACACAUGCACAUAUAUGUAUAUAAAACUACUAUAUAUCUCUAACAUAUAUGUACACAUAUGUGUGUGUGUGUAUGAGCACUUUCUCCCCACGUGGUAAGCAUUAAAUGUGACAAAUCGGAUUAUCUUCAAUAAAAGAAUGUAUCUGAGGAAGGAGCUUGGUCAAGCUCAUAUGGAUAGGAAGGAGCACAUCUGGCAUUCUGACCCAAUCCUCUGUUGUCAAAUUCCUCCUGCCUGCUUUCUGUGACACCAUAGAUAAAUAGUAGGUCUGAAGGAGCCUUCUGGACAAAUUUGGAAAAUCCUGUAACUGACAUUUUUGUGUUUCCUGUUCUCCUUAUUGAUGCUUUGGUGAGCAUUUGCCCCACACCUUGAGCAUAGGUCAUCAGUUCUGAACCCCUGUUCCCCCAUUACUGCAUUAUGGGUGUAGGUGACAUCAUUGGUGACAUCAUCUUUGUUCAAUUACUUGUGCCACAUUCAGGGCUCCUGCUGCUAUUAGGAAGCUUCGCAUCAGCCAAUCAACCCCAGUUGUGGACUGAGUACUGAAUUUAUGCUCGGCCCUGGAGAAAGGAGGAAAAACAUCCCUUGUGCCCUAGGCCCAACAGUCUGUCAGUUAUCAGGACAGGAGUCAAUUGUAGACCCUUCUCUUGAUCUGUUGAAUCAAAUGAAUGUGCUAAAAUUCUUUGUGUAAAGUAGUGAAACUUGGUUGCCCACAAAGCAGCCUGCUCUGAUAUUCUAGGUUUCUAGACCUCCUUGGCAUUAUAUCUCUACCAGUUUUGAUCCUGGGACUGAACUUGUCCAAAUGCUACUUCUUGAAUCUUGCUGCUUGUAAAGUAAUGUUGAGAGUUUGGAAUCUAAUUUCCAUCCUAAAGAGGGACAAGCAGAGAUUGGUUUUGUGUGUGUGUGUGUGUGUGUGUGUGUGUGUGUGUGUGUGUGUAUCUGUAUAUGUGUGCGAACUUUGGG